AUGCUGACUUCAAGGAGGUCUAUGGUCUGCGAAACAGCCGAACCUGAGUAUUUCAUGCACGCAAGGAUCAAAAACCCUGGUCCGUCAAACAGUUCAGCCGACAAUAGUAGCAAAAUCCACAUCCUCCAAGACGCGCUGUCGGAUAUUCUCAAAGAGCUAAGGGGCAUCGCCGAGACUUGGGCGCAAGACUCUAUCAAUUUUGCAGUCGUGGCCGUUCCGACGUAUUUCACCGAAGAUGAUCGCAACGCCGUCAGACAAGCUGGAGAUUCCAUCGGCUUGGACGUAAUCCGAAUAGUAAAUGCAUCCACCGCUGCCGGGAUUGCGUACGGCAUAGACAAGUCGGACGAUUUUGUUCAUGUUGUCUUUCUUGAGCUGGGAAGAGAAAGCUUUGAGGUGUCCGUUGUCGAAGUUGACAUGGGAGUUUUCGACCAUCAUACUACAGUCAGCGACCUCGAACUCGGUAAGAAGAUAGGAGGCCUGGUUGAGGACCAGAAGGCAAGAGGAAACCACCACUUUCGCGCGGAUGAGACGAGCCUACUUGAGCAGACGUUAGUUUCUGUCGAGAGGGCCAUUCAAGAGGCCAAUCUUACCAAGACGGAUAUCGCUCACGUCGUGGUCACGGGCGAGUACACGCGAGCUCGAGAGUUUCGGGGUAUCAUGGAAACCUAUUUCAACGGGAAACGGCUUGCGGUCUUGGACGAUCAAGGCGAUUCAAGACUAGAACCGGAGAACCUGGAUCACGACGAAGCCGUCACCUUCGGCGUCGCCGUCCUCGCCGACAUCCUUGCCGGACAUGAGAGACACUCGGACAUCCUCGGAAGAUUCUCUCUGCAGCCGCGAACGCUGAGCGUCGAGACCGUCGGCGGCGAGGCGUUGCGCGUGUUUCAGCGGUGGACAAUGCUGCCAGCCAGCAAGACUUUGCACCUUACCACGCCGGUAGACGGCCAGACGAUAGUCGUCAUCUCGGUCUUCCAAGGCGAGGUUCCCGAGGUCAGGAAGAACGACGAGGUGGUCAGUCUGAGGCUGGAUUGUGUUCCGCCUGCGCCCCGCGGCAUUCCCAAGGUCACGCUGGUGCUUGAUAUAUACUCGGAUGACGUGGGGAAUCUCAAGCUCAAUGCUACCGCGCACUUCGUAGGAGCGAAUGAGGAUUGCCGAGAUGGUGCCACGGCCGUCCUGCACGAUUUCUCGGCGGUCGACUCCAUCACCAGCGAAGAGUUCGAACUUGAGGCAGCGUAUGCCUACGACAGAACUGGGAGUGAGUUGCCCAGGGUUUGUGUUAAUCGCCAAAGCCGGCUUGAACAGCACUACAUCACAACAGAGGGGUUUUAA